AAUAAUGGAUAGAGCCUCCAAAAAAUUGCAGUGAAACACCUAUACAAGUUGAUAGUUUUGCACAAGAGAAAACCUAUUAAUUUUAAAAUCUGAAUUCAUCAAUCAUGAUCUUUGCCUUGCUCCAAGUGCGCACGUUAGACUCCGUGCGCACCCUCAAGCAAUAAACUCCCUAACCAAAUUCAACUCCAAUUCCAAACCCACAGAAUGAGAAACCCAACCGCCAAAUUCCACCACCACCGCCACCUUCUCCUCCUCUUCCUCCUCCUAAUCGCCGCUGGAAAAUUCCAAUUCUACAAAUUUUCCGACGCAGCUCAGCGGAAGAUCCACAUUACGGACGAUCUGGACGACGUCGUCGACGACGAAGAGGACGACGACUGGAGAGAAUGGGGCACGGUGAAGGCCCGACCCGACUUCGACCCGCCGCCCACCGACUUCACCAAGAUGCAGGAGGAAAGUAUUAAGGGCCCUGUUUUUGGAUUCGUUAAACUCCGACCCGGAAAUCGUCGGACUUCGGAGAUGGUAUCAGAAAUCGCCAUGAAAUGGACCAAGGUGGCAAGAACCGGAUCAACUGAAGCCAGAUUCAGCACCGUUGAUCUCAGCACACUAAUGUUCACCAUGCCGAAAGGUCUAGAUGUUUUGGAGUUAAAGGAAUACUUGUUGAGCCAACCAGAGGCUUAUGAGAUCAAGAUAGGCGAUCAGCUCUUCAGAAGACCAGGGGAUCCUACAUUUGAUGAAGUUUUUCGCAAGCUCCAGAUGGAGAAGGCUGAAAGCUCUGAUUCCACGGCCAACGACGAGCUUUAACAACAGAAUUACUACUCUCUUACUAGAUGACUGAAUAUUCUUGUUAUUCCACUGUGACCAUAUAUGACUCAUUUCAUCUUCACUUUCUUGUAAAAUGUUUACAUGUUCAAUUUUACAACACUUUCCUCUAUUUCUGUCAAAACUGCAGAUAUCUUAAUGUGGGUAAUAAACUGUUUCUAUUCAGUGAUGCAUA